UACACCCCGCAAUUGACGAGCUCCGUCUACUCAAGUACUCGAGGAAACAUCCAAGAGAGAGGCCUCGGCAGGUAGAACACAUAAGAUACAGUACACUAUGCUCACUAUUCACCACCUCGGCAACUCGCGGUCAUUCCGCAUUGUUUGGCUUCUCAACGAGCUCGCCUUGCCCUACACCCUCAAGUCCUACCCCCGCAUCAACAACAAGGCCCCCGAUGCCCUCAAGAGCCAGCACAAGCUCGGCAAAGCACCACUCCUCGAGGACAAUGGCAAGCAGAUUAUCGAGUCUGGCAACAUUGUCGAGUAUCUCUAUCGCAAAAAAGGCAUUGAGAUUAGCGACGAGGCUCGCAUGUGGGUGCACUACGCCGAGUCCACUUUGAUGGUCCAUGCCCUAGCUGUUUUGUAUGCACGUUGGUCGCUGCCAAACGAUCCCGAGCAGUUGGCCAAGUGCGAGUCGUUCAUGGGCAUCAACGUCCAGCUUGAUUUGGACUACGUGAAUGCACACCUCGAGGGCCGCGACUUUCUUGAGGAGGGCACACUCACGGCCGCUGACAUUAUGCUUGCCUUUUCGUGCGAGAUUGCCAUUGUCCGCAAGCUAGGCACGGGAGGUAAGACAUGGCCCAACGUCGAACGCUGGCUCAAGAGUCUUGCACAGCGCGAGGCGUACCGCAAGGCACAGAAGGAAGCUCAGCACGAGCUGUCUCUAUAGCCUGCCGUAUCUCUGUGUUUUUAAGCUUGUACUGUCGCACGAGUGCUGGGAUGGAAGGGAGAGGGCUUGCAGCGCGUGAGCUAGGUGACGCUAGGCUGCGUUCUGUCAGUUCCCAAGAGUCUUGUGGCCUGUUCAUGUAGUCUGUAGCUUCAGUCCGGUCUAGCCUGGUUCUAUCAGUCCUUAGCAGUCUCUGGUCCGCCU